GCCACUAUUACUCUCUCUGUGUAUCUCGCUGUCUCUAAAUCUUCAAGCCAUGGAUCGUAAUAGCGUGCUCGGACUUGCAUUGUUAUGCGUCAUUGUAGCCGGCGUUGGCGGUCAAUCGCCUGCUGCGUCACCGACUACAACUCCGGUGACUGGCACUACACCUACUUCAGCUCCAGCAAAGGCUCCAGCCAAACCUACGCCUUCUCCGGCAGUAACUCCUGCAUCCGCACCAUCGGCUACUACUCCGGCUGCUUCUCCUUCAAAGCAGGCCGUUCCUGCACCUGUACAGACACCUGCAGCUACACCUCCGGCAGCUACACCUCCGGCGGUGACUCCAGUGAGCUCACCUCCCGCUUCCGUUCCGGUGAGCUCUCCUCCAGCAAAAUCUCCCCCCGCACCUGCUCCUGUCAGUACACCCCCUGCCAGUUCUCCCCCCGCACCGGCCACCGCACCUCCCGCACCAGCCACCGCACCUCCCGCUCCUACCACUGCACCGACAGCGGAGGUCCCUGCUCCGGCCCCGAGCAAGAAGAAGUCCAAGAAGAAGCACCACGCACCAGCUCCUUCGCCAUUGCUUGGCCCUCCCGCACCUCCAGCGGAGGCUCCUGGACCGAACUCGGACGUCGCUGCCUCUCCCGGCCCUACACUGGAUGAUCAGAGUGGAGCAGAGAAGAUGAGGAGCCUUGUCGGUGGAUUGGGAUUGGUGUGGGCUGUUCUCGCGUUGAUAUUCUAGAAUCUAGAUUACUCUUUGAUGGAUAAUCUUAUUUCUUUUAAUCUUUUGACACGCCUGUUCUCUUCGUUGUUACGAUCGAGGCCACAUGUGAGAUUAUUUAUUUUGUCUUAUUAAACACAUUCGCUUUUAUUCUUUGGGAUAUAUUUUGGAGGAAACUUAUGUAGUUUUGUACUUAAUUUUUUUUGGUUACUUAUGGUGUUUCUCUUAA